AGGAAAGAUUAUAUUAAUAAAUAAACAAAAGUAAUUUAGAAACCAAAGAAAAAUAUCAAUAACCACCCAACAAUUACCUUUCAAAGAUAAUUAUAUUACAAAUGUGUGUUAAUUUCAUAAACCUCUAACCCCCCAUAUUUAUAUUAAAAAAACACAAUUUCCAUUUUUAUUUAACCCACUUCUCUUAUAAAUAGUUACAAUAUAUAUAACUCUAUAGAAAUUAUUAUUAAUCUUUUUUGAUUACAUUAGAAUAGAGGAGACAGAUUAAUUAAUUUUUGUGUGUAUAUCAUAUAUUACCUAUUAAAUCUUUUUAAUGAUAGAAUUUGUAAUUAUUAUCCUGUAUUAAAAAUAACAAUAUAGUGGGUUUGUUUAUUUUAAAAAUAAAUAUAUAUUAUUAUUAUUUUUUAUUUUAUUUUAUUUUUUAUUAUUUAUUUCAAUAAUUCACAAUUCAAUAAUUUUAUUAUUUAAACCAUAUAUGUGUGUGUGUAAAUAACUCCAGUUUUUAUGUUAUAAUAAAUUUUAUAAUGGAAAAUUAUAAUAGCGCAGAUACAAAUAAUAAUGACAGUGGUGAUAAAAAAAUGAACCCAAUUAUUAAAUUAAUUGUAAAUCACUAUAAAAACAAUCCACAAAUUAAAAGUGAAAAACAAAUAGAGUCUGAAAAGUAUUUAAUUGGUCCAAUCAAAUUCAAUAGACUCAUUUUAUUACCGAUGGCACUCAUCUCUCAGUUUGUUGUAGGUUCGCUUUAUUCAUGGUCCGUUUAUAAUAAGCCGGUGGAUGGUAUUAUAUUUAAUAACGAAAAUGCAGGAAAGGCUCCAAUUACAUUCUACAUUGUUUUUUUUUUCUUUGGUUUAACUGGUGCGGUUGUAGGUCCAUGGAUGGAUAAAAUGGGUCCAAGAAAAACAUUGUUGAUAGGUGGUACUUUCUUUAGUAUUGCUCAUUUUCUUGCUGCUGUUGCUAUAACCAUUAAAUCAAUAUGGUUGUUGUACAUCGGGUUUGGGUUUUUAGGUGGAGUUGGCUUAUCAUUAACAUAUCUUAGUCCAGUAUCAACUUUGCAAAAGUGGUUCCCAGACUAUAGAGGUUUUGCAGCAGGUUUAGCGGUAUGUGGAUUUGGUGCUGGUUCAAUUGCAUUCUCGAGAAUUCCCCUAAUGAUAAUCAAGCAUGUUUCAUUACCAAUUAAUUUUGUAAUUUUAGGUUUUGUAUUUUAUGCAGUUAUAUUAUUGUCAGCAUUCGUAUUUAGAACCCCUCCACCAAACUACAGGGUAGAAAGAGAAUCAAAACCACUUGAUAAGGCACAACAUCAACAACAAUCAUCAUCAUCAUCAUCAUCAAAUGGUAGUGAGGACGAUAUAGUUGGGGGUGAAUGUGAAGAACAAGUAGUAACAGUUGAGAUAAAAGAACCAAAGUUUUCAGAUUAUAAAUUGGGCGAUGCAUUGGUUUCAAGAGAGUUUCAAAUUUUGUACUUUAUGUUUUUAUUCAACAUUACAUUUGGUGUUGUUGCUAUCAGUAGACUCAGUGAUAUGACUCAAAAUCUAUUUGAUAAAUCUAAGGAUAUUGGUGCAAUGGUAGUUAGCGUUAAUGGUGCCUUCAAUUUAUUUGGUCGUUUAUUCUUUGCUCUAUCAUCCGACAAGCUAGGUAGAAAAAACACAUUUAUUUUAAUCCUUACAGUCCAAUGUUUCACCGUUGGUUUCUUAAUUAAAGCAAUGCAAGAUAAAAACUAUGAAGCAUUUAUUGGGUUAAUUUGGAUAUCAACAAUGUGCUAUGGAGCUAGUUUUGGUACUAUACCCGCCUUCUUAAAUGACAUGUUUGGCUCAUCCAACGUAGGUGCUACUCACGGUCUAAUGAUGAGUGCAUGGUCGAUCGCUGGUGUGGGUGGUGGUAUUGUUUUCACAAUAAUCUAUAACAAUCUAUUAAACCAUCAUGGAUACACAUAUAAAGAUUCAUUCCCAUAUGUUGUAAACUAUUACUGGAUCGUCUCAUUCCUAUGCAUUGGAUGGAUACUAAUUUGGUUUGUCCGUACUACCGAGCAAGAAGUUUAUUUGCCUCCAGUCAAUGGUCAAAUCGUUAAAUUUUAUAUACCAAUAUAUGGUGGUUGUAUUAGAAUUUCGAAAUCAAAUGGCUUUGAAUUACUUUCAAAAUAUAAAUAUAACCAAGAAUGGAAUGAUUUUAUAAUAAAUAAAUAUAAUAAAAAAAACAAUCAAAAUAAUCAAAGUAAUCAAAAUGACAAUAAUAACAAUAAUGAAAAUAAUCAAAAAAAUAAUAAUAUCGAAAUUGAAAAUUUGGGUAUUUAAUAAAAAAAUAAAAAUAAAAUAAAAUUAAUAUAUUAUUAAUUAAUUUUUUUUUUAAAAAAAGU